UUCUCUCUCGCAUGUGCCACGUCAUACAGAGGAGGAGGAGGAAGCCCUCCAGGCUGUGCUAGUUACUCUCAGUAGUUGAAGACCAUUCAGGCAAGAAUCAUCGAAUUGAUAUUGCUACAGACUUCAAUUUCAUCCCGUCGAUGUCACCGGCCUGUGAGAUGUUGCUGGACGAGACGCCGCUGUUUGACCCCUCACUGCUCCAGGAACUGGACUGGAGCAGCAACACCGUGCCUUUCUCUCCCCCCAUAUCCCCCUCACAUCCGGGAGAAGGCCUGGUCCUCCGUCCCCUGCAAACGGCUGACUUUAACCGAGGAUUCUACAAAGUCCUGUCUCAGCUCACAGUAGCAGGUGAUGUCACACCUGAACAGUUUAUCGAGAAUUUUGAGCACAUGAAGAAGACUGGUGAUUACUAUGUUGUCGUCGUGGAGGACACAAACCUUGGGCAAAUAGUUGCUACAGCAACACUCAUCAUCGAACACAAAUUCAUCCAUGGCUGUGCCAAGAGAGGGAGGGUGGAGGAAGUCGUGGUGAGCGACGUCUGUCGAGGAAAGCAGUUGGGGAAACUAUUAGUGUCAGCGCUGACUCUUCUCAGCAAGAAAUUGGAUUGCUACAAAAUAACACUGGAAUGUGCACCCAACAACGUGGCAUUCUACAAGAAGUUUGGCUACUCCGCAUCAUCGGAGACCUACAUGCAGUGCCGAUUUUUUGAUUAAGGUCUCGCUGCACCUGACAGUUGGAUGGUACUGCAGUAUCAACACCCGGGAAUCCCUUAUACCCCACCCCACCCCCCCCACCCCCAUAACACAGCAAAUGGUACCUCACCUGUUUGAAGGUCCUUCAGUGAGUUCUUCACACACCUCAAAAGGAAGUAAAGUUAAUAAUCAGGAGAGAAUGCUGUGUACAGUGAACACAAUGUAUAGGCUGUUACAGUCAAUGGUACUUCAGGACCUGCACAUAAUAUCCAUGCCCAUUUAAAAUGUGGGAGUAGCUAAAGCAGGUCAACGCUCAAGUUCAAGUUCAAAAAUCAUGGGACUGGGGUCAAGGUGACUCACUUUGUUUACAUAAACUGAUGAUGCUGUGCUUCAUGAUUUGACCGACAACAGGUUCAGAUUUACACUGUUCAGCAAUUGAAGGAAUGCUGUAUUUCUCAAGUUGGGAAGGUGAUCAGCUGUGAUACAAGCAUCCCAGCCACCCUUUAGUGACUUAAAAGUGACUCAUUGAACUGUGAAUAACACUGUACAAAUGUAUAGGGCUUCUGAUAUUUAAAUUAUCAUAUGUUGAUUAUGUAUUAACAUAUAGCCUGUGUUAUGAAGCAGUCAACACUACAAUCAUCAAAAUAGAAUAUAAAUGCAUUGUGUAAUUGGUAACUAUAAUGAUAACACCAUGGGCCUCAUUUAUGAAACAUGUACGAUCACAUUUAAUCGUAAACUGUAAGAACAUUUCGGCAUUCAUCAUUUUUUUCUCAUCUGUAUUUGUUCUUGGCUGUUUCCUUAUGCUAAUCACAUGAACAGGAUUGUGCAUAAUAUGUACUAAGUCAGCAUUCAUCAUCUCAUAAACCAGGGAUACGCACAAAAACAAAGUUCUGCACGUCAUGAAUCCCAUAUUGGUUUUUCUUAUAAAUAUUUUUAAGAACAAAAGUUUUGUGAAUGAGGCCCAAUGUGUGCAUACCCCAAGGAAGUUUCUAGAAUUGUUUUUUUUUUUUUUUUUUUGUACAAUGUUAUCAUUUAAUGUGAUGUGUAAGUUACCACCCUCUCCUGAAAAUCCCAUUGCGCAGAAAUGUUCUGGCAUAUUGACUGCCCACCAUUUUUUAGGAGCCCCUUAGGAUGGCAGGAAAUAUUUACACCGGAGUUUUACAACACACCAGGUGAAUAUUACUCAAAGGUGUACUCCCCUUCCAUAAAUUAAUGCCAGUUAGAAGAAAAAUGUAUUUUCUAUGGUUAACGGUUUUCAUAAUGUAAAAAGCCAAAGACUGAAUGUGCAUAGUGAAAAUAUUGGAGGAAACUGUACAUUAUAGAUGUGAAAGCACCAACAAUACCUAUUUUCUCAUUUUGAACAAUACUUUGGGGAUGGUUUCAGUGGAGUGGUGGUAUGGUAUGUUAAUCUUAAAUUACUAGUAGUUAUUUGUCAUUAAGUAUUUCAGCUAGGUAAAAAUCCUGUAUGUGGCAGAAGCUAAGCUAGGAUUCUCCCAUAUCUAUAAAAGCAUGAUAGGUGGUCACUUUCUUCCACAGCAUUACCUACAGCUGCAAAUACAUCAGUGGUGUGGUGCAAAUUCAGGGGUUUUACUCCAUCCGAAUACAGAACACCCUGUUGGGUUAGAUAACCUGGUUCAAUUAACCAUCCCUUUCAAAUGAAUGUUCUACCUGAUGGGUUGUUUAAGGGGGGGUGGGAGGGUGAAUGUUUUUGGGGUUUUUUGGCCUUCUCAGGAUAUGCACAUAAUGGGAUGUGGACAAACCUAAUCAGUAAGUUGCAAAUAUGAGGAACUUUAUCAUGCAUUUUCCCUGAUUCAGGCUGGAAACAGCAUGAUAUGCAAUUGACAUUUACUGUGUUUAUAGAGUAUAAGUAUAGGAGUAUAGGCGCUAUAUUUAAUUUUAAUAGUGUAUUUAAUUUCAGUAGUGAAUUUAAUAUCAGAAUUAUAUGCCUGGAGUUUUGGGAACUGGGGAUAAGUCUAUUUCAUUAUUUAUUUUUUAAAAAAAGAUCACUGUUGUAAAGUGCAUAUAAAUUUAUCUUUUGCAAACAA